UCAGCCCCUGUCGAGGCUUUUACCGCAGCCUGAGCUCAUCAUGAAGGCCAUUGAUGAGCCUCCCUAUCUCACAGUGGGCACUGAUGUGAGUGCGAAGUACAGAGGAGCCUUCUGUGAAGCCAAGAUCAAGACGGCAAAAAGACUUGUCAAAGUCAAGGUAACUUUCAGACAUGAUUCUUCAACAGUGGAAGUGCAGGAUGACCACAUAAAGGGUCCCUUAAAGGUAGGAACUGUUGUGGAAGUGAAGAAUCCAGAUGGAACAUACCAGGAAGCAGUUAUCAACAAGUUAACAGAUGCAAGUUGGUACACUGUAGUGUUUGAUGAUGGUGAUGAGAAGACUCUGAGACGCUCGUCCCUGUGUUUAAAAGGAGAAAGACAUUUUGCUGAAAGUGAGACAUUAGAUCAGCUUCCACUCACAAAUCCCGAACACUUUGGGACUCCUGUUAUAGGAAAGAAAACAAACAGAGGAAGGAGAUCCAACCAUAUUCCUGAGGAAGAAUCUUCAUCCUCUUCCAGCGAUGAAGAUGAAGAUGACAGGAAACAAAGUGACGAGUUAUUAGGAAAAGUGGUGUGUGUGGACUGCUUCAGUGUGGAUAAAAAGAAAGCUCUGUGGUUUCCAGCCUUGGUGGUUUGUCCAGACUGUAGUGAUGAUAUUGCAGUGAAAAAAGACAAUAUUCUCGUUCGCUCUUUCAAGGAUGGCAAAUUUGUUUCUGUGCCAAGAAAAGAUGUUCGAGAGAUCAGUGAAACUUCACCAAAGCCUGACGGUACUCUAAAACAAGCUUUUGACCAAGCCCUCGAAUUCCGUAAAAGCAGAACUGUUCCUAGUAACUGGAAAACAGAAUUGAAAGAAGACAGCUCCAGCAGUGAGGCUGAAGAAGAGGAAGAGGAUGAAAAAGGAAAAGAGGAUAACAGCAGUGAGGAAGAGGAAGAAAUAGAGCCAUUUCCCGAAGAACGAGAGAACUUUCUUCAGCAAUUAUACAAGUUCAUGGAAGACAGAGGGACACCUAUUAACAAACGACCUGUAUUAGGAUAUAGAAAUUUGAAUCUCUUCAAAUUAUUCAGACUUGUACACAAGCUUGGAGGAUUUGAUAAUAUUGAAAGUGGAGCAGUGUGGAAGCAAGUUUAUCAAGAUCUUGGAAUCCCUGUAUUGAAUUCAGCUGCAGGAUAUAAUGUUAAAUGUGCAUACAAAAAAUAUCUCUAUGGUUUUGAAGAGUAUUGUACAUCAGCUAACAUUGAAUUUCAAAUGGCAUUGCCAGAGAAGGUGACAAGCAAGCCUUGUAAAGACUGUGAAAAAGAAAAAGAACUGAAGAUGCGUGAAGAACCAGAGCAGGUUGUAAAAGAAAUAAAAGUGUUAGAUAAGGAGGAGCGCAAGCAGGAGGAAGUAGCAGUAGUACAACAAGAAGAAAAAAAGUUAGCUGAGAAUGAUAAUGAAAGUAAAGAAAAUGAUAAGCCCUCUGUUCUGGGAAACAAAAAAAAUUUGACAGAUUCUGCAUAUACUCAGCCGGAUCAAGAAAAGGACUUAACUGUAAUGAAAACUGAAGAUGAAACCAAGCUAGAAGAUAAAGAGGAGGAGAAGAUUAAAGAAAUGGAAAAUCCUACCGUAAAUGCAGAUGCUGAAGAAAAAGAAAAAUCAGG